AUGGCAUCAACUACCGCUCAAAUCGAUGAUACCAUCCCGAUCGCUGGGUCGCAACGGACCAUUACACAAUUCAUUAAAAUUGAUGCUUCCAACAUUCCAUUUGAGCCAGAGCGGUGGUCUGUCGUUAUUAUAGGAUCAAGUAUGAUUGGAAUGACAUUGGGUGCGCUUCUCGGAUUUCAUGGUGUCCCUUCCCUUUCCUUUGAUCGUCACACGUCGACAGCAAUCCACCCAAGAGCAGCGCUGUUUCUGCUGCGCUCGGUCGAAAUUUUUCGUCAGCUGGGUCUAGAUGAACAUUUUCGCGAAAACAGUGCAAAGAACUUUGAUCUUGAUGCCGGCAUGCUGAUCACAGACAAGUUAGUCGGAGGCAAAACAAUCAUGGCUCUGCAGGAGAGCGAUCCGGAGCAAGUCGCAAAGGUCUCCCCGGUCGACCGUUUCUGGCUUACACAAAACAUGUUUGAGCCAUUGAUACGUGACCGCGCAAGGGAAUUUGGCGCAACACAAAAGUUCCAGCACACGGUCCUGAAUUACGAGGAGGUAUCUGACGGGGUCAUUGUCUAUGUUCAGGAUCUUGCUACGGGGCAGAUCAAGAAGUACCACACCCAGUACCUUGUUGCAACAGAUGGCAACCGAAGCGCCACGCGAGCAAAGGAGGAAAUUGCUUGGCAUGGACCAGGUAUACUUGGUUCGGCCAUAUCUGUCAAUUUUCAUGCCGACCUACGACCAUACCUCGGCGUUAGAGCCAAACAUGGCGUAACAUAUAUCACUAACCCCAAAGUCGAUGCGGGCUUCCGUCUUGAAAGCGAAGGAACCAGAGGCUUCAUGAUUGUGACCCGCGCAGGAGAGCGCACUUCCUUUGCGCCAGACAGUGUAAGCGCGGCUGACGCAAAACAAUUUUUUCGUGACGCUUCUGGGAUCACGGAGGACAUUGAGAUUCAGGUGGAUUCCAUUAAUUACUGGUCUGUGGCUGGUUUCAGUGCUGACAAAAUGGCCAAUCCGAGCAACCGUAUACUCAUUGCCGGCGACGCUGCCCAUGUGAUGCCUCCCACUGGUGGCAUGGGCGGCAAUACGGGAAUUCAGGAUGCUUACAACCUGGCGUGGAAAUUGGCAUAUGUCACGCAGGGAAAAGCUGGCCACGACCUGCUAGCAUCAUAUGGUGCCGAGAGAAUUCCAGUGAACAAGUUCUACUUGGAUCAAGCGUAUUCAAGAUUCCAGAAACGGGUCGCGCACACUAAGCCCGAUACGCCAGAGCUUCCAGAUGUCGUGUGCGAGCUGGGAUCUCUAUACAAGUCAGGCGCAAUCGUCCGGGGCCCGAAUGAUACCACGACCGCCGAACAGGGCUACGAAGACCCUUUUGACCCGCGAGUGCAGGCCGGUAGCAGACUGCCCCACGUGCGAAUACUUGACACUCGCAGUCCAGCUCGAAAGGUCUCGACCCUAGACCUUGUAAAGCGAGAGUUUCUGCUCAUCGCUGUUGAUGCCGACUCGCCGUGGCUCAAGGUAGCCGGGUCAUUGCCGCUGGCGCUCGAUACAUUCAUUGUGAAUGGGAACUCUUUGCCGUUUCAAGAUCGGGAGAACCAAGUCCGCAAAGUCAUGAAGCUUACUGAAGGGGCCGCUCUUCUGGUUAGACCGGACGGCGUCAUAGCUUGGAGAGCUCCAGUAAUCGAGACUGGGCACCUGAAAUUGCUUCAGACAACGUUGGAAGAGAUCCUUCACAAAUCAAUGGAGAGGAGAUAG